AUGUCAGAGGAACUGCUUCGGAAGUUUUUGGACGAUAUCGAGGAGGAGUUGCGUGAAGAGCACAUAAAACGAAUUCUAGCAGCUGCUUCAAAAGGACAGGUUGAACUACCGCCCGAGGAAAGUUUCAUUGUAGAAAGGCGAAAACGACCAGGAAGUAUUGACUUCGAUGAUAAAUUAGCGCGCCAGGGAUUCUCCCUAGUUGAGCAAGCACGCGCUCUACGACCAGCAGAUUUGAUGCAACGAAAUCUGAAAUACAUGAAAUAUACGGAUAAAAAGAGGAAGCUCGAUAAAGAUAAAGCCAAGAAAAUAGUACUGGAACACCUAAGGAAGAAAUAUUCAACAGAACUUGUGCGAAAAGAGCGAAGUAAAAUUACCGGUAAGUGA